AUGAACGGGGUUUUCCCAGCCGACCUCGCGGUAUACCUCCUGUUUACUCCGAUCGUUGUCUAUAUCUUCUUUGCCCAUCGAUGGACUGGAUUCCUUCCUUGGUACUAUCUCAGCGUCUUCUGCCUUGCACGAAUCAUCGGAGGCAUACUCGGUAUUCACGAUAGCAAUGGUCUGCCUGCCAACAUCAUCCAAAGCGUUGGGCUCACGCCUUUGAUUCUGGCUGUGGAUGGGCUAGUACAUGAAGGGUGCGUUGUACAACCCAGAUUCAUAUACCCGAUUGAUCUACAAGCUGACAAUUGGUGGUCCCACAGACGAGUCUACCGCAAUCCAUCUUCUAGUCGAUUCCUGGGCUGGUCGGUCGUCAUCGCGACCUCGACCGUUAUGAUUGCUGCCGUUGCUCUUGUGAUAACGGGAUCCCUGCAUAUCUUCCAGGGACAUCCUCAGUCAGGUAGUUAUACGCAGUGGAAAGUCGGUACUGUUUUGAUUGCCGUGACCUGGGGGUUCCAGAUGUUGUGGUCGCUUUUGUCUCUGUUGCCUAGCAGAGGAUCGAAGGGCGCUGCUGGGUAUCAUGGUGGUACUGCUCUCAUUCAGGGUGCCUUUGUUGCUCUUGUCUUCCUCGGCGUGCGGGUGAUUUACGGCAUUGUCUCCGUUUUCACCCAGCGACGAGAUCUCAGUCCAAUUUAUGGAUCGCUGGCUGUUCGCGUGGUCCUCAUGUUCCUUCCUGAAGUAUUUGCGGCGCUUACGAUGAUUGUUGUUGGUAUUCGAACGAGGCAUCUCCGGCAGACGACAUAG